CCUUAUUAUCUCAUGCUGUUUAGUUUCACUUUCUCUUUGCUCUUAGAACAGAUCACUUCAAACCACAACUGCAAUACAGUCAACAGAAAAGAAUCCCAUAGCUGCAGGAUCCAUGUUGGAACGGAGAGUAGCACACAAGAUGAAAUACUACACAGUUGAGACUGGCAAUACUUUGGAUUCUCAUAUUCAGUUUAUGAGACGACUCAACAACACCACAAGAUGUUUUACGGAAGUCGAGUCGCCAGUGGAGAGUGAUGUCAUCAUGGCUUUCUGUCCCAUCGUCUCCCGCGCCGGGACUGAUAUUGAAGCAGCACUACAACAGAUUCCAACUGGUAAAGAUGUCAUUCUGGUAGUGCUGCAUCACACCUUCAACCCAGACUCCACUGUACCUGACAGCAGCAGACUAGUGACCAGAAGUGAUGUAAUACUCACAGUGGACUGUCUGUUCCAUGAGAGCCAGGGAGGACUACUGAACUGUCCUCRCAAUGAUGCAGCRGUCAGCAKGGUUCUSAAGRGRCUGAACAUACAGCCAAAGACCAGACAUCUUGGCAUUCCAGCUGCGUUUCUGAUCUAUGUAAGGGUGUUUUUGGGAUCCAUGUUGGAACACAGAGUGGCACACAAGAUGAAGUACUACACAGUUGAGACUGGCAAUACUUUGGAUUCUCGUAUUCCGUUUAUGAGACGACUCAACAACACCACAAGAUGUUUUACGGAAGUCAAGUCGCCAGUGGAGAGUGAUGUCAUCAUGGCUUUCUGUCCCAUCGUCUCCCGCGCCGGGACUGAUAUUGAAGCAGCACUGCAACAGAUUCCAAUUGGUAAAGAUGUCAUUCUGGUAGUGCUGCAUCACACCUUCAACCCAGACUACACUGUACCUGACAGCAGCAGACUAGUGACCAGAAGUGAUGUAAUACUCACAGUGGACUGUCUGUUCCAUGAGAGCCAGAGAGGACUACUGAACUGUCCUCACAAUGAUGCAGCAGUCAAACAGAUUAGGCAGAAGCUUGACAUGACCAGAAGCCGUGGCUUUCUAGCUUGGAUUCUAAACGUUGACAUGACCAGAAGUCGUGGCUUUCUAGCUAGGAUUCUAAACAUUGUCAUGUGGGCAGUGUCUUCAGUCUACAGCUGCCUCUGUACAUGGCUUUCAUAUGUGAAGCGGCGCUUCUGGGACAAUAAUUAGGUUCCAAUAGGUUCAAAAUCCACGUCCCUCUUCAAGACCUCAUUCUAGAAGUGAUUAAAGCAGUUCCAUUUUUGUACCAACAAUGAAGACAUGUUAAUUGUUUUUAUGGAUUACAUCUUUAAUUUCAUGGCCUACUUAAGAAAAUGUCUUUACUUUUGAUGUUAAGAGCACUUGCAGUUGUAAUGUAUAGAAAUUGGGGCCGAUAUUACAAAUGUUCAUAAAAAUGAAUGGAAAAUAAUAAAGAAGAAACAGGA